UCGCGCUGGUCGUCAGUUUCGGAGACGCGAUGUCGCGAGCAGGAAGAAAUUUUGAUGUGAGCCGCUUGUCGUUUCCGCAAGUUAUAACUGUUGUAUUGUUGGUGAUAACGUGGGAGUGCGAUGCUCAAGAUAACCUGAAAUGUACGAGAGGAGUUUGUGUACCGUCCUAUUUGUGUGCAAAAGGGUCCAAUAAUGUCAAAACUGACGGCGAGCAACUACUGGAUUUACGAGUACAAGAAAAUGAAUGCCCUGAUGAUAUGGUUUGCUGUGGUGUUGACGAUGGAAGUGCUGGAAAUUAUGACUUAUUAUCCGAUGAUCGGUGCGAUGGAGAAUGUGUUAAGGAAUCUGAUUGUAGAAGCGGAACAGAGGUGAUCAAUUUAAGAUUGAGGAGCGACGCAUGUGGAUUUGGUGAAGUGUGCUGUAAAAAUCAUUCUAGAGUAGAGGUCGAUCAGCAUGAAGAUUGCCAGGGAAAGUGUGUUUCACAAAAUGAAUGUUCUGAUCACGACGCCGAUCCAACUUUGAUCAACUUAAGAUUUGGGAAUAGUGGUUGUCCUGCAAACCAAAUGUGUUGCAAAAAUGUGAAAACAACUAAAAGCUGUGGAGGACUGUGUAUGCCUAGAGCAAAAUGUGCAAAAGCAGGAAUGAAUUUCAAAACCGACGAUGAUAGAUGUCCCAGUCAACUCGUAUGUUGUGAAAAAUCAACGCCCUCAAAUCACGACGAGAUGGUCAAAUGUGAAGGGAAAUGCCUUCAAGCAGCGCAGUGUCCCGCAAGUGCCGUUGAAUCCAUCAAUUUGAGGCUAUCUAAUGGUUGCUCAUUUAACGAAGUAUGUUGCAUUACAGCUCAAACGCAAAACUGUGAUGGAACUUGUACCACGAUGGAUCAAUGCGCUGACGAUUCAGAGAAUUAUACCAGCAUUAAUUUACGAUUGAUGAGUUAUGAUUGCCCAUUCGAUCAAAUCUGCUGCAAAAAGUUGAAACAAAUGGAGCCAUUGACACCAGCUUGUGAUGGAACAUGUGUCGCUGUACAUCAAUGCCCUGAGCUUAAUACGUGGAAAAGUAGCAUUAAUUUACGGUUAUCAGAAAAUAAUUGUCCAGUUAAAACAAUAUGCUGCAAGAGUCCAAGUGUGGGAAAGUGUGAUGGAACAUGCGUAUCUCAGGCAGAAUGCAGCGAUUCAAUGCAACUAGAUUUAAGAUUUUCCACGAGUUGUCCAUUUAAUAAGAUAUGCUGCCAAAAGAUAAAACAGGUAACGCCAACUCCGAACGUCCAAGACUGCAAUGGAACUUGUGUAUCAUCAACAGUAUGCCCUGGUCUUAGCGAUACCACUGGGAUUAAUCUAAGAUUUGCCGAUGGGAGCUGUCCACGUAAUAUGAUAUGUUGUCCCCUGAGUUCAAAUGACCUAAAAAAUCUUACUUCUGAUAGUGUUUGUAAAGAUACUUGUUUGCCACGAAACCAAUGCUCCGACCUUAGUCUAAGCCUCAAAACCUCGUGUCCAAAUAACCAAGUUUGCUGCAAAGUACCGAGGCUCCCUACUAGCUGUGAUGGAACAUGUGUAACGAAUGAUCAGUGCCUUGAUUACCCAUCUAUAAACUUACGGCUUUCUGAUGCAAGCGAAUGCCCAAAGAAUCAAAUUUGUUGCAAAAAUCCCCGUAAUCCACAGCCAUCAUGCAAAGGACAGUGUGUCCCUCUAGGAAAAUGUCCAAAGGACUCAUCCAAGCUCGGCGCAGUCGAUCUGAGACUCAACAGCGAAGUAUGUCCAAGCGGAACAGAAUGCUGUCCGGAUGAUCAAACUUGUGAUGGGAAAUGUGUCGGGAAGGAUCAAUGUGAUGAUACUUUUAAUAUUCAAAGGUUCAAUAUAAGGCCUAAGUCGUGUCCAAUGAACCAAGUGUGCUGCAGGAAAUUGAAAAAUCUUCAAGUAUCUGAACCAUGCGAUGGCAAUUGCGUUCCUGUGGGAACUUGUUCUACAGGACUGGUAUCCACUUCCGAACAAUGCUCAGCCCAUCAGGUUUGUUGCAGGGCUUUAUCCCAAGCUAACAUACCUGCAAUCCAGCCCCCUAAUGUUUGUGAUGGAUCGUGCGUUCCUGGUUGGCAGUGUGCUUCAAGUGAUGUCGAUCUUCGGGUGGACAAUGGAAUAUGUCCCGCAAAUAAAGUUUGCUGCAAAACUCAGCGUUCCCCAUGCCCUGGGCAGUGCGUUCUCCAAGAAAACUGCGACGAUGUUGGCAUAAAUCUUCGCUUCAUGUCAGAUUCCUGUGCGAAAAAUUUGGUCUGUUGUCGGAAUGUAAAGCAACAAACAUGUUCAGGUCAAUGCGUUCCCGCAAAUCAAUGUUCUCAGGAAAACCCAGAAAAAUCUUUCCUCGAUUUGAGAUUCGCUAACGAUGGAUGCUCUAAUAAUAAAGUUUGCUGUACGAUUCCAAUCAAAUUCCAAAAUCCUACAUUGGGCUUCGAAAUCCCACCACCUCCAACAACACCUACUGACGCAAGAUGUACAUUAGAUCCACAAUCCAAAGAUAAUGUUCUGAAGAAGUCAGAUGUUAAAUGGUUGGUCAACAUUUGGAAGCGACAAGAAAUUCUCGGCAUGACUCGGCGGCAAUUUACAUGCACUGGAACUCUGCUUAAAUCGGAUCUGGUGCUUACUACUGCGGAUUGUGUCAAAGAUAUGAUGCCGGAAAACAUGUUCGUUCGAAUCGACGACUUCAAUCUGAAACCUUUGGCAACGCUCUCUCCAAGAAGGGAAUUCAAAGUUACCAAAAUCACUCUGCAUCCAGACUAUAGCAGCACAGAUCGGACCGCCAACCUGGCCGUUUUACAAUUGGCAAAAAACGCCACUCGAGCAUCAAGUAUUUGUUUCCCGGAUCAAUCACCCUUGGCCCCUGAGGAUCUUUGCUUCUUGAUCGGCUGGAACAGUCUUAGCAUAGCGGAUGGUACCAUUCCUUACGCAACGCCUGAUAAACUUCCCGUAUCAGCACUAACAACCAGUGCUAACUGUGAAGAAGGCUUUAUCUGUUCAGAAGGUCAACGGAAACAAUCAUCGCAAGGGCAAUGUGCUGAUGCUUUUCAAGGUUCACCUGUCAUUUGCUUCAUCGGCAACAGCUCAAGCUGGGCACAAUUCGGAUUGGUAGCAGCUGGGAACGAGAAGUGCAAUGAUGCGAAUGUCCCUCGUUCCUUCGUGUCAAUCGUUGCAUACGAAUCUUGGAUACGAGAGCAAAUUGCACCAAGCUUUCUUCAAAUCGAAACCCCAACGGAUCCAAAACGCAUGUACCUCCCACCGGUGGUUUGAGGAUAGUCUGUUUUGUACAUAAUUAGGGAUCAUCCAUUUAGUACGUUAGGAAGAUUUAGGAAACCUUCAAAUUCUACUCUCAUAUUACUUAGCUUGUCACGUUGUCACAAACACCUCUCCCUUAUCAAUUGUAAAGUGUUUCGCAGAAUAGAAAAUGUAAUGGUGCAAGCAAGGCAUUUAUGCUAAAAUAAACAAAAUAAACGAU